CGAGAGUACGAGACGUCAGUGUGUUUCACUCCGAGUUAGGUCGACUCUGAUAUAGUCCGGGUCAGUAAUUGCCGAGUUUGUUUUGUUUUUCCCGGGAAGAAUGUCUUUCCAAGGUCUACCCGUGCAAAGUUAAGACGUGCAUUUUUUUUGUUCGUUCUUCUGCAACUCUUAGUGACCAAAGGAAACGUUCAAAAUGCGACCUAGAAAUCAGUCGAAACGGCAACGGGAAUCAACGGGAAAGAAGGAUGCAACGAAGGCUAAAGAUGUUAUGGAAUGCAACAGUUGCACAACAUUAUAUCAUGAUAAUGGUUUGUCGAGAGGGGAUGAAGGCAGCCUUCUGAAACAAGCAAGUUUUUGCAACUCACUAGGGAAGAAGAAAAAAGGGAGCUCCAUUAGUAAUUCUGAGUCUGAUGCAAUGCCAGAAGAUGGACAGAAUGGGAGUGAUAAACAAGAUAUAAACAUGAAAGCUACAUUUGGUGCAAAGGUAGUUGGAGCUAGAGGUCAAGAUCCAAAUAAAAGCACUCAGCUGGAAAGAAAAGUUGAGGAGCCAAUUAUUUCCUGUACUUAUCCUGGUCAGGAAGAAGAUAUGGAUGAGUCAGACUGGGAGGAUGGUUCUAUACCCGUCUCAAAUUCUAGAUCCUAUCAUCUUAAUAAUCUCACAGGGGAGGUGACUGUUGAAUUCAGUGAGUCACUGUCUCCUGCUAAGCGGAAGUCUAUUCGAAGAGCUUCUGUUGAAGACAAGGAAUUGGCUGAGCUUGUGCAUAAGGUGCAUUUGCUAUGCUUAAUAGCACGAGGAAGAUUAAUUGACAAAGCUUGCAAUGAUCCUCUUAUUCAGGCUUCAUUACUUUCACUUCUUCCAAAACACCUAAUGAGGAUAGCAGAAGUCCCAAAACUGACUGUUAAUGUAUUGGCACCUCUUGUCAGUUGGUUCCAUGAUAACUUCCAUCUUAAAGGCCCAAGCAGUUCAGAUUCAGAUAGAUCCUUUAAGGCUGCCCUUGCCCAUGCUCUUGAAACACGUGCAGGGGCAGCAGAGGAGGUUGCUGCAUUGUCUGUGGCACUAUUCAGAGCUCUUGAUCUUACAACCCGGUUCGUGUCUGUGCUGGAUGUGGCCUCUCUCAAACCAGAAGUUGACAUGCCUGGCUGUUCAAACCAAGAUGCAACUAGGAAGGAGAUGGGGAUUUUUAAUUCUUCCACAUUGAUGGUUUCCAGGCUGAAUCAGGCUGCAUUGUCUCCCUCUCCCAUUCAGUUAUCAUUAGACAAAACAACGCCCAAAGGAGACAUUGCCCAUGAAUCUUCUCAUAAAGAUUCAAAGGCAAGCAAUGAUAAUACUGAAUCAUGUCUUACCAAAAAAGCUGAAGGUUCAAAGAGGAAAGGCGAUCUAGAGUUUGAGCUACAAUUGGAAAUGGCUCUUUCUGCCACUGCAGCAGGUAUUUGUGAGGGUGAUGCAGGCCCAGAUUUAAAAGAGCUGCAUACUACAUCAGGUUUUCCUUCAUUGAGAAGGUUGAAAAGAAUUAAAACUGAAGAUUCCAUAGUUUCUUCCCAAGGAGUCUCUACUGCACUUGGAUCAAGAAAAGUAGGACCUCCACUGCAUUGGGCAGAAGUCUAUUGUAAUGGAGAAAACUUGACAGGGAAGUGGGUGCAUAUUGAUGCUGCCAAUGCAUUUCUUGAUGGUGAGCACAAAGUAGAAGCUGCAGUAACUGCCUGCAGAACGUCUCUGAGAUAUGUAGUUGCUUUUGCUGGGCAUGGGGCCAAAGAUGUGACUCGCAGGUAUUGUAUGAAGUGGUACAAGAUUGCAUCACAACGUAUAAAUUCACAUUGGUGGGAUACAGUUUUGGCACCAUUGAGGGAGCUGGAGUCACAUGCAACUGGUGGUGUAGUCCAGUUGGAAGUGCACCAAGAGAGUGCUUCAACUCGAAAAGAUCUUCAAAGCAAUGAAAGCAUGCCUGAAAUGUCCAGUAGGGAAGUGUCUAAAGAGCAUGGUGCAAAUAUCAAUGUGGAAAUUUCCACACAGAAUUCUACAAUUGCUACCAGGAACGUUCUUGAGGAUAUGGAGCUGGAAACUAGGGCAUUAACAGAGCCUCUUCCAACUAACCAACAGGCAUAUAAAAAUCAUCACCUUUAUGCCAUUGAAAGAUGGCUUACCAAGUAUCAGAUACUUCAUCCAAAGGGCCCUAUACUUGGUUUUUGUUCUGGUCAUCCAGUCUAUCCUCGAUCAUCUGUCCAGACGCUACAAACAAAACAGAGGUGGCUGCGAGAGGGGUUGCAAGUUAAAGAAAAUGAGCUUCCUGCAAAGGUGGUUAGACGUUCUCUAAAACUUGUCAAAACUCAAGAUUUGGAGUUUGGUAAUUGUAAUGAAGAUAAUAGUGAAGGAACUCUUGAGCUUUAUGGAAAAUGGCAAAUGGAACCAUUAUGCCUUCCUCAGGCUGUUAAUGGGAUUGUACCAAAGAACGAGCGCGGUCAAGUGGAUGUGUGGUCCGAGAAGUGUCUCCCACCUGGCACUGUGCACCUGAGGUUACCUAGGGUGGUCCCUGUUGUAAAGAGGCUGGAGAUUGAUUUUGCCCCUGCAAUGGUUGGGUUUGAAUUUCGGAAUGGCCGAUCCAUUCCCAUCUUUGAAGGGAUUGUAGUGUGCAAAGAAUUUAAAGGUGCAAUAUUGGAGGCAUAUGCAGAAGAAGGAGAGAGAAGAGAUGCUGAAGAGAAGAGACGGAUUGAAGCCCAAUCUAUUUCUAGAUGGUAUCAGCUUCUUUCAUCAAUUAUAACACGACAACGGUUGAAUAACUGCUAUGGGGGUGAUUCAUUUUCACAGGCAUCUGAACGCAUCCUCCCAAAGGAUGAAAAAUAUGGACCUAAGACUUGUACUAGCAAGGAUGAUGUGCAAUCUCUUGGAUGCCAUGGCCAUGUACGAGGUGCCAAUUCUGAUACUCAAUCAGCUGUGCUUGGUGAUGACCAUGAACAUGUAUUUCCAGUAGAAGACCAGAGUUUUGAUGAAGAAAGUUCAGUGCGAACCAAACGCUGCCCUUGUGGGUUUUCAGUUCAAGUGGAGGAACUUUAGCACCUUAAUCAGAUACAACCUUCCUGUGACUCAACGGAGAGAGUUGUCAUGAGCAACUGAAGUGCUGCGACGCAAGAGUACAAUUUGUUUUGCCAUUGUAGAAAACACGUGCAUACUUAGCAGCUUGGAGAUUUUGUUUCUCACUUUCUCGUUGUAGAUCUCGGUUAGAAAUGGAGCAAAGGGAAUGUACAUAGCUUGGUGGCAAUAUGUAAAAUAUGGUCCUGAGUCACAAAUCUGAAGAAAAUUUUAAGGAUGUUUUUGUUUCCCUUGAAAGUAAGAAAAAAAAUUAAAGCCAUUCAUCUUUGUGACAUAUUUGUAUGAUGAGGCCUCGUUUAUCUCAAGCACGUAUGCUCAGCUGAGGCAUCCAGGAGCUUAUACGUAUUCUUUUUUCA